AUGCGGGUCAAAAUCGGUAUCUGGGCGGGCGGCGCCAGCGGCAAUGACGAGGGCACGAUCGAGUGGGCGGGCGGCGAGACCGAUUUCGGCGCCGGGCCGUUCACGAUGUACGUGAAACGGAUCGUGGUCACGAACUACAACCCGGGCUCGACGUACACGUACGGCGACAUGACGGGCGAUUACGCGAGCAUCGAGAUUGAUAGCAAGGAUGCGAUGGUCACGACUAAUAGCACGACGAGCUCGCAGUCUAUCUCAGACUCGUCGUCCAUCUCGAACGCGACGGCGAAUUCGACGUCGUCAAAUUCGUCAGACAGCUCGUCGGGCUCGACAGAUAAACAUAGUGCGGCUUCGGCUUUGAUGGCGUUGUCGGGAAACGUCGUCUUUGCGACAGGCGUUGUUGCUCUCCUUUUCUCACUGGCAUGA